AGAAGAAGAAUACAAAGUUUGGAGACAGAGUUGGUAGAGUUAAGGGCUAAUGUGGUUUCAAGAGUGCAGGACGGGUUGAGGGCAAGGUUGGCAAAUGAUGAGGAGGAAUUAAGAAGGUUAAGGACAGAGGAAAGAAGAAGGGAGGGAAAUAAUAAUAGGGAUAGAAUAUCGGGUUUUGGUUUUUAA